AUGGAGGAAGUCCUAGAAACCCUUCUAGGGACGAAUUUAACGAGAGUAGAGAAUGUCACGAUUGAAGAUGAUUUGAUUUUAUCGACGAAUGCUUCGACGAGCCUGAAUUCGAGCGUGGAGGAACUGCAUGCUAGCGAUUUGAUUAUUUUGAGACAAAGAGACUUGAAGAUCGUCUUCUCAAUUCUCGGCGCUUUGGUUGGAUUCGUCUCUCUCACAGCUCUCAUAUUAAAAGUCCGGGCACAUGCCGGAGACUGUUUGACAAAGCCUGAGUCAGGAUUUGAAUGCCCUCCUUCGUAUCCAAGUUCACCGCCACCCUAUGCAAUUGCACUUCAGCUGUUCAACAGCAUGCGACGAUCUCGCCGGCGAGGUCAAGCACGCGACUCAAGAUCCGCGGAAGAGACGGCUGCCGAUCCGGGAACACCGCCGCCGAGUUACCGCGACGUAACGCAAUCACCACCGCCAUACUCGCCAAAAGAGCUUCCACUUUAG